UUUGUGUGUGGGACGCAAGCGAAGAUGGGUGUCAGCAGAGCUUCCGCGGAAGGUUGAUAAAAGAGUUGGGGGACCCCCUGAGACCCGGGACCAUGAGCCGAAAAGUCAAGCUGGGUCCGCAGGCCUUCCGCUGAAGCAUUGCACGGAGCUGAUCCAAGAAAACUUCUGUCACCCAAUAAACAAGCGAUAGGGUGAGGUGUAUCGUGUAUCGUGUAUCGUGAUGGAGCAGGGUAAACCAGUCAGAAAGGCUUGUGAUCUCUGUUACCGUAGGAGGAUCAAAUGCGAUGGCCAGAAGCCACGGUGCUCCCACUGUGUCAUUUACGAUUCGGAAUGUACUCGCAAAAUCGCUGCACGAAAAUGGGAGCCAAAAAAAGCGGCACCGAGCAGGCGAGAAUCGGCCCUCGAGGCUCGUAUCAAGAGCCUAGAGGCCCAGCUAUCUACGACGUUAGAGAGACUUGAGGGCCUAGAGGGGGGCCAGUCACCAGCGGCAUCUUCCAGUAGAUCAGAUGUUACCCUUGUACAUGCGGCCGAAAGCAUCCCUUUCAGCAAUCCUAAUCCAGAGAAUAAUGCUAUGCCUUUAGACUCGCUUGACGAUAUCCUACCGGUGGUUGAGUGGUAUCUGGCCACGUCCAAUUCCUUGACUCCGCUUUUUGACCCAUUACAUCUUUUGACUGCAGUCAAAGAUUGGUACUACAAGCCACAUACGAGGAAACCUGCUGUCUGGGCAAUGAUAAAUGUCGUACUGGCUCUCGCCUAUCACAAUGGAUACUCUCGAAGACCUCACUCUAUCAACGACACUACAUAUAUCAAGAACGCCCAAUCAGUUUUGACAGAUGCGAUAGCCUUCGACACAACUCUCAUGCAUGUCCAAGUGCUCAUCGGUCUCGCCAUGCUAUUUCGAACUUCUAGUGAACCAACUCCUGCCAUGGUACUUAUUGCAACAGCCUUGCGGUUAGCUCACAAGAUAGGGCUUCAUAUGAAAUCUUUUCAGCAGUACGAUACUGAGACGCGCCUGCAGCGCGAUCGAGUGUUUUGGAUAGCCUACAUCUUAGACAGAUCAAUCAGUGCACAAGCAAGGAUAAGCCCGAUCCAACUGGAUAGCGAUAUCGAGAUCGACGAACCAUCACUUGAACCUAUGUGCGGGGACCUUGGCGGUUUCGUUAUCACAGACGACGGUACUCCAAUUUUCAAUUUUUUCCGCGCUCAGGUACAAAUGGCGAGAAUUCAGGGAUUGGUCCAUAAGUAUGUCUAUUCAGGAUCAGCGCAAAAGUACAGUGCUGCGGAGAGGGCCCGCAACAUUGCGUUCGUCCAUCAAGAGCUAGAUGCCUGGAGCGCCCAGAUACCGCCCGAGUUUCACCCCUCUGCCUUGUUCCAACCAACAAACAGCGAGCUCCCCAGGCAACUCUGCAUGCUCUUCGCUGCGCGACUAUCAUGUCGAGCUAUGAUCAGCUACGGCAGUCAACGUGACAGUUUCCACUACUCAUGGUGGGUAGAAAGCCUACGAGACUACGGCGAAAGAAUCGCGGAUGGCGAUUCUUUGGGGCUCCUAGAGAACCAACCUGGUUGGAGUACUCUUAUCAAAGAAUCACGAGAGUACCUCGAGUUUUUUAUGAAGUUUAGGUGCAAAGAUGCCAUUUUUACAAUGACGACCUUGUGUGCACAUACCACUAGUCUAAUCUGCCUAACCGCAGAGAGCAUGUCUAACGCCCACCGAGGACUGCGCCAGUUGGAUGAGCCAUUGAUCGAUUCCGCCAUAGGGCCUCUUGGAGAGAUCGUCAAGCAAACUGGAAGUCUACGAGGCACGUAUGACGCAAUUCAGAAGCUGAGGGCGGAUUCAAAAGUUGUGUGUCCGUACCAGGACUCACGGGUAUCAAACGAUUUCUCAAUAGAGCCCACGUGGCCAAUAUCUUCUGAAACAACAGACUCUGAAAUUCUUCAAUAUCUGUUUACGCUACCUGAAGGAGAAUAUCUCUGGAACAUGGAAAACUCAAACUCAGACAUGCAAGAUACUGUCCCACAUAAUCAUGAAUAGAGAAAGGAGGCCGAGGUUAUGAUAAAAAUGGCGUUAGUCGACUUGCGUACUCGAUAUAUGGCAUUUCAGCAAUGCGGAGUUAUGAGAUUUCUUUUGUUUCAGUUCCUCGAUUCUCUCUCCUGUUUCCAAUUUCUUUGGCAUUUGUUCCCUCUAGUAACGUGGUAGGAGUUGAGAGAUCAAGGCGGGUUGGGUCGGGAGAAUGAACUUACCUGGAAAGUGGGAUAAUUAAAGCUUCUAUCUAGAUCGUAACAAGUGUAAAAGUCUUUUCACUGAUUGUUGUGCUCAGCGUUCUCUUACCAAGCUUUCAAUUUCGUUGUAUAUAGCAUACAAAAUGGGCCACCCCUGUCCUACAUUCGCUCAAUAGAACAUCGAGCUUUAAAUAACAUAUG